AUGUUUGCAGCAGCCACUAAGAACUUCGUGAAGCAGGUGGGAGACACGGGGAGGCUGAUCCCCGUCCCCAGCCUGAGCGAGGCUGACCGCUACCAGCCGCUCAGCCUGGUGACCAGGAAGAGGAAGAGGCAUUUCUGGAAGAAGAACAAGCACGCCUCCACCGCUUUCUCACUCAAAGACAUCCUGGUUGGGGAGAAAGAGAUCACAGCAGGAGUAUCUUCUUAUCAGCUCCUCAACUAUGAGGAUAAAUCUGAUGUCGCCCUCAACGGUCGGUUAGGAAACCACCUCAUCAACGAUGUUGGCUUCAACAUCAGCGGGUCGGACUCUGUGGCCGUCAAAGCCUCGUUCGGCAUCGUCACCAAACACGAGCUGGAGGUGCCCACGCUACUGCGAGAGCUCAACUCCAGGAAGGUGGACCUGGACCAUUGCCUGGUCCGUCAGUCUAAGGAGAGCGGACGCACAGCCCUCUGCGUCGUCGUGGAGAGUAUCCGCACCACCCGUCAGUGCUCUCUGACUGUGCACGCCGGUAUGAGAGGGACCACCAUGAGGUUUCAGAUCGACGACGGCAGGAAUCCUAAAGGUCGAGACAAGGCCAUCGUCAUUCCUGCUCACACCACCAUCGCCUUCAGCAUCUGCGAGCUGUUCGUCCGACUGGACGGGCGAUUGGAUAUUUGUGUGGCCCCAGGGUCUCAGGGUGGGUUUGAGCGGGAGCAGAUCCGGGAGCAGCUUGGUGGUUACAUUGGUCACUUCUCGAUGGGUCGUCUGCGCCGCUUCCUGUCUGGAAUAAUCUAUGGAAGCCCUUUUAGAGCAGAUAACCAAACAUUUGAGGAGCUAACCCAAUCAGACACAUACAUGGAUGACAUGGUUACAGACUACUAUGAGAAAUCUGCUAGUAUGACGGACGUGUCCACUAACUACCUGAGAGAAAGCACCCACACACGAGUCAACCUCCUCAAACACAACAUCCCCAAAGGGCCCUGCGCACUCUGCGGGAUGGGACACCAGCGUCGGGAAACUGUGUACGGCUGUCUGGAGUGCACGACAGGCGGACAGAAAUACGUCCGGCUGCACGUGGUGCCCUGUUUCGAUCUGUGGCACAAAACGCUGAGGUGA